GUGAAGCGGACAUAUUCCCAGGGAACGUACCGUGCCGGGGCCAUGCGGCAGGUCAGUCUGGUUGGGGCUGUGGACGAAGAGGUUGGAGACUAUUUCCCCGAGUUCAUCAGCAUGUUAGAGGAAUCUCCCUUUCUGGAGCGCACUCUUCCUUGGGGAACGUUCUCCAGUCUGCGGCUGCAGAGCCCCACCGAGAGCGACGACGGCCCCAUCAUGUGGGUCAGACCUGGAGAACAGAUGAUCCCCAUGGCAGACAUGCCAAAAUCACCAUUCAAAAGGAAAAGGUCCACCAAUGAGAUAAAGAACCUGCAGUAUCUACCCAGGGCCAGUGAGCCCAGAGAGAUGCUGUUUGAGGACCGGACGAGAGCCCACGCGGACCACAUCGGUCAGGGGUUCGAGAGACAAACUACUGCUGCUGUAGGUGUGCUGAAGGCUGUGCGCUGCGGAGAGGAGAGUUAUGCUCCUGCCCGGAUCACCAAAGAUGUUGUGUGUUUCCACGCCGGAGAUUUCCCAGAUGUGGUCAUGAGGCUGCAGCUGGACCUCCACGAACCUCCGCUGUCUCAGUGUGUACAGUGGAUCGAUGAUGCCAAGCUGAACCAGCUGAGGAGGGAGGGCAUCCGAUACGCUCGAAUCCAACUCUACCAUGAUGACAUCUACUUCAUUCCCAGAGGAGUUGUCCACCAGUUCAAAACUGUGUCUGCUGUCUGCAGUCUGGCCUGGCAUAUCCGACUCAAACAGUAUCAUGAGCACGAAGAGAAGGAGGAGGAGGAGGAGGAGGAGGAAGAAGAGUUGAAGGAAGAGGAGAAGUGUGCGCCUAGAGAAGUAACACUUCAUAUCAAAGAAGAGGAGGAAGACGAGGAGGUUGAGGGGAAGGAGUGUGGCCCUGCUGUACAGAUGGUGACAAAGCUGGAGGAUGAGGAGAUUGAGGGAAGGGAGGGGUCGCCCUCACAAACUCCCACACAGACUUUCCAGGAGGAAGAGCAAGAGAACAUAGCCGAGAUGAAGGAGUUGUCAGCGACACAGUCUCUACCUUUUGUCAAAAAGGAGAGAGAUGAAGGUGUACUCCCUCACACACUAAUGGAGCCCAAAGCUGAGGAAGGUGGAACAGAGGAAGGUAUGGGAGUGGGAGAUGAAGAUGCAGACACAUGCCGGACACCGCAGAAGGGCCAUGAGGAGGGUGGAGUGGACAGUGCAUCCUUUAAGUCAUUACAGCAAAUUAGGAAGGAGAAUGAUGUGGAGGAAGAGAGGCAGCAAAAGACAACUGUGUCAGGUCAAGGUCUGAAAGACAAGACUAAAGAUAGUAUAACGAGCACUUACAACACACCACAAAUCAAAAAGGAAAAAGAUAAAAGCAAAAGAGAGAAAGAUGAAAAAGAGCGGGUUAAAGAGAAAGAGAAGAAGGACAAGGAUAGGAGUAAAGAGAAGGAAAGGGAUAAAAAGGAGAGGGGGAAAGACAGGGAGAAGGACAGGGUGAGAGAGCAGGAGAAAGUUAAGGCUGAGGGAGGAAGAGAGGGUAGUACAUCGACGCAGCCAUUGCCACAGAUGAGGAGAAAAGAGGACGAGGAGCGGACAAAAGAGGGCAGCAAAGCCUCUCAAACUUCCCUGCCUGCACAGAGAGACGAGAAGUGGGCCAAGGAGUGGGACUCAAAGACACAACCCCAUGUCAAGAGAGAGAAGGAGCACGCAGGGAGCGAUAAGGAGAAGGGAGGCACCCAGGGAGCGUCUCACUUACGGCCAGACGGGGAGGGGGUGCGGGAAGCCUGUUCGCAUAAACACAAGUCUUCGCACGGGAAGAAGGACAAAAGUGGCCACAGGGAGGGCAACACGUCGAGUACGCAGGGGGCACAGGCAAAGGCAGGGAGAGAGGAUGGGAAGAUGGGCACUCCCAAACCUGUGAACACUCAGGUAAAGAAAGACGGAAAGAAGGAUAAAGACAUCAACAGUAAAGAGGAGAGGAAGAAGUCUGCCUCUGGCUCUGCGCCACCAGAACACAAACCACCACGGACGCUCAUCACCUUUGACCUCUUUAAGCCGAUGGAGGCUCACCAAACUCUGGCCCUUUCCUUCACAGACAGUAGGCCUAAGGCCCACCAUCACAGUGAUCCUCGAGGCUCAUCCUCUAAACCUGGAUCUGACAGUCGGACAGUUGUGCCCUCUAAAGGACCAAAAGUAAAGGACACAGUGCAGGGAAAAGCUGCCACACCCCUACAGGACACUCGGCCACAGCAGCACUCCUUAAAACAACCCCUUAAAACACACACACCCCAAACACAGAAAGACUUCUUAAUAUGAAUGUCUAGAUGUCUUGUUUUUUUUACUGUACAACUUACGCUGAGGCUUUGUUAAAGUAUUUGGAAAUGCAUCCUUCCUCCAGACAUCAACUGGUCUUUCUAAUUUGUAAUAGAUGAGCAGGGUGCAUUCCAUUACUUUGCUGACACAGCCACAUUAUGCCAGUGACGUAGUGAAAAAAGGAUGCACUCUCCAAGUAUUUUAUCAGUGCCUAAGAAGGUAAGCUAAGUAGCUCACCUCACAUUUGUUAGCGAAUGUACGUAGGUUCUAUAUAAAAUGUUGUGUGAUCCAUGAAAUCAGCGCCUGUGCACUACUUAGCUUCGCUUUUAAAGCACCUAUUUUAGGUACUGAACUAGCCAAUCGGAAAACAACCAUACUUACUCCCUGCUAUAGAAAUUACCUACAUUCACUGUUUGGGAUAUUUCAGCAAGUCACAGAGCUCCCGCUGAAAUCCUCUUUGCCGUGUUGCUUUAGUCGAUGGGGUUUGUUGUUUAUAACACUCCAAAAUCGGAACAAGUAGUUGUUUUCAGACUGGACGUUGUUUGACUCACACAGGGCUGUAAAUGAUACUGUAUGUACCAAAACUGUACAGUAUAGAUGUUAUUGGCACCAAUGUGAGAAAAUGUAUACAGAAAUUGCAUAUAUUUUUUGUAAGACAAGUUUUAUUUUCCAUAGAACUUAUUUAUAUCAUUUACUGUCUGUUUUUAUUUGAAAACCAAUGUAUGUGAAGAUUUUGUUGUAAAUACAUUUUAUUUCCUAAGAUAAGACUUGGUAGUGUGAUUUAUACUCUGAUCAGAACCUCUCAAUAAAUGGUUCAAAAAUAU